AUGGAUUCCUACGUCGCCGAUGUCAAUUCAGAGGGUGGUAAAAAAACGAUAGUCUUCACUCUAAAAGAGAAGCCCGGCGCUUUGGCAGAGACGCUUAGGAUAUUUCAGGCGCACGAGGUGAAUCUCUCCCACAUUGAGUCUCGUCCAUCAAAGACGCAUGCAGGUUGCUAUGAGAUACUUGUUGAAUGUGAGGAAGACUCAAGUCAACACAAAAUCGACGAUCUUAUCCAACUCUUCAAAAAGAAAGGUAAUGGAUUGAUGGUGCAGGACUGGAAUGCUCGUAUUAAACAGAAUAAAGAUUCAAUACCUUGGUUCCCUCGACGCAUCGCUGACAUCGAUCAAUUUGCUAAUCGAAUUCUUAGCUACGGAGCCGAGUUAGACGCUGACCAUCCUGGCUUCAAGGACCCUGUUUACCGCGAGCGUCGCAAAUAUUUCGCUGAUAUUGCAUUCAACUUCAGAUAUGGCGACAAAAUCCCGCGAAUCGAGUACACGACGGAAGAGAUUGAGACGUGGCGAAAUGUCUACAGUGAGCUUGUGGCUUUGUACCCAACACACGCCUGCAAGGAAUUCAACUACAUUUUCCCAUUACUUCAACAGAAUUGUGGGUUCAGAGCUGACAAUAUCCCACAACUUCAGGACAUUUCGGACUUUUUAAAGGAUUGUACCGGUUUCACCCUUCGUCCCGUCGCAGGCCUCCUUUCGUCGCGAGACUUUCUUGCAGGACUGGCUUUCCGAGUUUUUCACUCAACACAGUACAUACGACAUCAAUCUGCGCCCAAAUACACCCCAGAACCAGAUAUCUGUCAUGAGCUUCUUGGACAUGUUCCUCUAUUCGCGGAUGCCGAUUUCGCCCAAUUCUCACAAGAGAUUGGUUUGGCUAGUCUUGGGGCUACUGAUGACGUUAUAAAACAACUUGCUACGCUCUAUUGGUUCACCAUCGAGUUUGGAAUUUGCCUACAAGAUGGAAAGCGGAAAGCGUACGGUGCGGGGCUCCUAUCUUCGUUUGGAGAACUCCAAUACGCCCUCAGUGAAAAGCCGGAAGUGGCACCAUUCGAACCGAGCGUUACGUCUAAUACGGAUUAUCCAAUCACCGAGUACCAGCCCAAGUAUUUCCUUGCAGAAUCAUUCGCUAGUGCUAAGACAAAACUGCAAACGUGGGCAGCUACUAUUCCUAGAUCGUUUCAAGUUCGUUACAAUGCAUACACGCAGAGAAUCGAAGUGCUCGAUCGAGUCUCAGAGUUGCAGAGGAUGGUCCGUGAAAUAAAAAAUGAAAUUACCACGUUGGAGGACGCGCUUGGGAAAGUGAACAUGGAUUCCAACUGA